AUGCUGACGCCAUGGACGCUGCUUCCUUUCGCCUUGGCUUUCUUGGACGAGGUAGAAGAUGGACCCCCUCAGAUGACAUCUGAUUGGUGGGACCUGCAUUAUGUGGAGACUCUGGAAGACAUUGACCUUACAGUGGAUCCACGCGAGGCAAGAGCCACAGCUGGGCUCGAGGGUGGUAGCCUGGCUGAUGAAGGGUUGCUGGAUGCAGCAGUGGAUUGCAUCGGAGAGGCAUUUUUGAACCACUCCAGACGGCCAAAGGUGCUUGUCUUGGGCUGCGGCCUCUCGCCCUUGGUCUAUGUCCUUGCUGAUACCUUUCCGCAUGUGACUGCUGGUUGUAUGGAGCUAUCGCCCACCCUCCUGGAGAGUUUGGAGGCCAUGGCAUUGCCGUUGCCUCGACCUCCCAAGUUCUUCGUGCAAGCUGAUAUCACCGCACUUCGACGACGACGUGGAAAGGAUUCACAGGUGUUGAAGCCUGGGUCCUUCGAUGUCCUCGUGGAUGAGAACGUCCUGGAUGGAAUGGCCUGCCGCUUCCCCGCGAGCAAGGGCCUGGCCUCCCUGCGCGAGGCCUUGGACGGCAUCGCGUGGCUGCUGAAGCCCCAUGGUCGAUUGAUCACGAUUUCCUUUGCACCUCUAACAGAGGGACCAUACUUGGAAGCCUUCGAAGACUGGGCCUUGAUGCCUCCCUGCGCCUUGCAGCGUGACACAAUUCACGUUGCCACCUGGACAAAGAUGCAGAGAAAAAGAACAUAG